CUCCGUUUUUCCAGUAUUUUCCAGCGUCUUAUCCUCCGAUUUUCACUUCCACUAUCCAAACUUCCUAACCCCCAUUUCCAUUGUUGAAUUUGGCAGGAUCUAAUUGCAUGAUGAGCAAAAUUGCAAGACUUGUUUAGUGUUAGGGCUGUCGUUUAUUAAACAGGCAUUACUAGGUAGAAGAGCACCUGGCAGUUCCAAUCAUUUGUAGCUGUUCCAUCAGACACUAAUUGCGUCUGGCAUUAUCAAGGACAAACAUUCCUGAUGAUCCCUACAAUUGUUUCUAGCCUCAUUUUGAUGAAGAAGAGAAGCAUGAAUGAGCUGUUUCCUCCUUCCCUGAGGAAAUUCUGGAAGGAACGAGAGCUCCAAGGGGCAGCUCUGUUCAGCCUUACACUCCAAAUAAUUCUCAUCUUAUUUGGCAAUCGCAGGAAGUGCAAGUGUAGAAUCUGGUUUAGAAUUAUUAUUUGGUUUGCCUAUAUGUUGGCUGACUCUGUAGCGACCAUUGCCCUUGGUAUUCUGUCAAAUGACCUAGGGCAGAUAAACGAUGCUGGAGGUAAUAUUGAUGUGGAUGAUGAGCUCAAAGCAUUCUGGGCACCCUUUUUCCUGCUGCAUUUAGGUGGUCCUGAUACAAUCACUGCCUACGCCUUAGAAGAUAAUGAGUUGUAUCUUAGGCACCUCUUUGGACUAAUUAUCCAGACAAUUGCUGCAGUUUACAUCUUGAUUCUUGCCUGGAAAGGUUCUCGUCUGUCUUACCUAUCCAUUGUAGUGAUAGUGGUGGGCUGCAUCAAGUAUGGGGAGAGAACAUGGACCCUCUGGGAAGCAAGCAGGAAAAAACUCCGUGAUACUAUCCUUUCUGAUCCAGAUCCUGGCCCAAACUACCCCAAGUUUAUGGAAGAAUAUACCUUGAGAGAUGCAGAGGGGUUCUUCGUGGACAUAAUAGAGAUGAAGGAAGGUCAGGCUAACUUUGAUGUAAAACUGCCUACAAAAACUGAUAAAAAUGAAGAUGAUUUAGUCAAUGCUCAUGCCUUAUUUCAGACAUUCAAGCGUUUGUUUGCAGAUCUAAUCCUUAGCUAUCAUGACCGGGACAGUAGCCAAGGUUUGUUCAAGGAAAUGUCUGCUAAAAACGCUUUCAAAGUGAUCAAGGUUGAACUAGGAUUCAUGUAUGAUCUGGUGUACACAAAGGCACCGGUUAUUUAUAGUCCCUGGGGUUUUUUUCGACGCUUCAUCACAUUCUCCCUCACCUGCCUAGUGUUUUUGCUUUUUAUCCUUGAUGAUAAGCUCAGGCAUAACAGGACUGAUUUUGUGGUCACUUUACUUUUGCUUGCUGUCGCUAUAUUACUAGAGAUAUAUGCAGCACUUACUGUCUUUGCCUCAGAUCAAACCAGAGUUUGGUUAAUUAAGCAUGGGAUGACUAGGAUAAGUUCUUUGGUAGAAUGGUUGAAGUGGUUUAGGGUGCAGAGGUGGUCAAAAUCUAUUGCACAGUAUAGUCUAGUAUGGCUCAGCCUUGAAGAAAAACUUAGCCUUAAAAUUAUUGAAGAAUUUCGGUAUAAAGAAAUCAAUGGUUUCUCUAAGGAAUAUAGGAAGCUAAUUUUUGACCAUGUCAAAAGUAAGUUUGAGCAGAUUUUUUACAAAGAGAAGCCUGAGCAAUCUGAGGGAUCAAAGGAAGAACCGGAGUGGAGAAGUAAAAGCAAGCGUUAUACAGCUCUUAGGGAGUUCUACAGCCAAAGGGGAAAAGGCACACUUGAUAAAUACAAGGAAAAGAUAGGUCAGGUUGACCUUGAAUGGAGUAUAAGUGCUGCUGAAUUUGACAAAAGCAUCCUUAUCUGGCACAUGGCUACAGAAAUCUGUUACUAUUCUCCAGAAAACCUUUCUGAUGAAGUUAAAUUAAGUAGAGAUUUCAGUCUGCACAUGUCAAGAUACAUGUUGUAUCUCCUAGUCAUUUAUCCAUUCAUGUUGCCUGCAGGGAUUGGGCUUAUCAGGUUCCGUGAUACUCGUGCUGAGGCCAAGGAAUUUUUCAAGGAGCAACUGUCUACCACCACGGAUGGAGGCACAUAUUGCGCAGCUGCCCUUGCUGAACUUCGGAGAAAAAUAUGUUCAAGUGAUGGAGAAGUUAAAGCAAGAAGAAAAAGGGCUUGCAAGUCAUUGCUUGAAGUGAGAACAGAUGUUCCUCCCAUCAAAGUCAAAGGCGAUAGAAGCAAAUCUGUGUUGUUUGAUGCUUGCAUGUUGGCGUCAAGGUUGAAUACCAUAUCAGAUCCAAAGGUUAAAUGGGAUCUAAUGAGAGAUAUGUGGUUGGAGCUGCUAGCUUAUGCUGCUUGUCAAUGUAAGGGUAGUGAGCAUGGUGUGCAGCUGAGAAGAGGUGGAGAACUUCUAACUCAUGUGUGGCUUCUUAUGGCUCAUUUUGGCCUCACUGAGCAGUUCCAGAUAUCUCAAGGUCAUGCAAGAGCUAGGCUGGUCACCAAAUAGUAGAAGAGACAUGCAUCCUGUUUAAAUUCUAAUUGAGAGAUCACAACUUCUCAUCAUCUGGACUGAGAUCUAGGUGAAUUGCUUUCUUCACAAUUUUCUCUUUCCCUUGAGUAUUAAUGUUGUUAAAUGCUAUAUGUAGAUUGAGGACCCGACUUGUGUUUCUGCAACUUACAUGUGUUGUUGGUUUGUCUUUUGUUGUGAAGAAAAUUGAAACUGGUUG